GAAGGGGGCAGGCCCGGGGCUCGGCGGGGCUGUCCCUUGCUGCUGUGCCGGCACCGCGGCGGGGGUCCGUCCCCCGCACCCGCGCUGGCCCUGCCGCUUGGCGGCCCUAGGGCCCGGGCAGGCGCGCUGCCGAGCCAAGGGGAGGCCGGGCCUCAGGGCUCGGCAGCGGCUGCGAGCUGCUGAGCGCCGGGCCUGGCCCGGCCUUGGCCUGCCCGUGCCGGCGUGGCCUCCAUUCCGCACGCCGGCGGUUGUCCGCCGCCAGCAGCCUUUCUAGCAAGGGACGGCCGUGGCAGCGGCUCUGGCUUGCUUUCAGACUGGCCUCCGGGCAGCUCCUUGCAGCCGCCACCCCUCCCCCGCCCGGCCUGCCAGCCUGGCCUUGCAGGCAGACCGCUGUAAAAGAGGUAUCUCGAAGGCGUAUCUCGUCUACAUACACGCACCAGGCUGAAUUUGCAGGCCGUGGCCAGCACUGCUGGCUGACAAAGGCCCUGUCCUCCGGCAGGACCCGCGGGCAGAGCAGCAAUAAGGACCCGCUGGCCCCUCGCUGGCCCCUCGGGAUAGCUGUUUGGCAGGCAAAGGGGUUGCCCUGCAGCUUCAAUACGUUCAUCAGAACCUUCCAUUUAGCUGUAUGAAAAGCCAAGAAAGUGCUGCUCGCGUGGUUAGUUAUCCCUGUGUUUUCUUUUUGGCAAUUAAGGACAUGGGUCGUCUUGCAGAGUAGAAGAUGAGACUGACAGAUGUGGCUGUGCUGAGUAGGCAGAGGCAUGGACUACUCUUUGAUCCUAUAAAGUUUAUCUUGGUUUUCAUGAAACACCCCUGUAAGUGGCCAGCAAUAUAUCUCAUUGCCGGAAAGUCAGCAGUGUGCAGGUGUCAUCAGCUAAAUAUCCAGGAAUGUUAUAUUCAAAAGUGACAAAACCCCAUGAGGUAUUUUAAAAGCAAAUGUAUUUUCUCUGGACUUUGUGGCUUGUACUCAGUGGCAGGCUUUAUCACACAAACCCAGAUGUGGAUUUUUGGCAGGGUUUUAACCUCUUCUAGGAGAGACUGCCUAUCUUUUGAUUUUUCUCAUUUUCUUAUAAUCCUGUAUUUACAAGCAGAGCUAGUAAAAUAACAGAAAAACACAUUCAGCGGGGAAGGUUCAGCAAACCCAGAGUAAUCUCAUUGAGAUGAGUGGUGGUUUUAGACCUUAUUUUCAAAAUAUGGAGUUCAAAAAUCUAUAUCCUUCUCACAGAAUUUCGGGGCCAAAUAUCUCCCUGGCAAGUAGAUGUAAAUCCACUACACAAAGUGCAGUUAUAUCCGUUCACCAAUGGUGAUUUUUUUUGUUGAUGGCGUUUUUCAAUAUUACAAUUAGCAGUCCUUAAAGACAUUGAAACCUUCUUUGGUGAUUCAGUGCAAAUGCCUUGCUUUUCUCUUUUGACCAGUGGUCUCCAUCCUGGAGCCUCUGAGUGCACUAAGUAAUGUGUCUUAUAGAUUUUAGCCUUUCCCUUAUGUCCUUUCUGAGACUUGUAUGCAGUACAGAGUUGUUUCUCUGCUUCAUUUCUAAAUGCCCACAAUUCUAUGGCUUUCUAGUAGAGAUGUCAGACUGGAUGAUAGUCCGUUUUACUUCAGGUAAAACAUGAUGGGGUUUGUGGUUCCUAACGAGCUCAUUCCACAAACCAAUGCUCAGCUCUGCAACAGUUCUUAGAUGCCUGACUCUGUUAGGAGGUAAUUAUCAACGGGACAUGAGCUACCAAAGAGGGACUUCACUAGCUCUGUAGCUAUGGCUCAUUGGUUUCCUGUACGGAUGAGCUUUGUUCACGUGGUAGAAAAUUUUGUUCUAAACAGAGCCAAGUAAAGGAGAUGAAAAUCUCAACCAGCUGAGACCUGCUGGUGUGUCUCAGCAGAGAUAGUUUGCGCCUAUGUCAGAAUGGCUGGUGAACUGGGGUGCACCUGGGAACUUCUUGGUGCACACAGCAGUUUGUUGCCCCUUUUCCCCAAAGGGUGGAAACACAGACAUGGUUAGCAUAUCUGAAAUGUUAAUGAUGUGAAAUGCAUGAGUCAAACCAUGAAGGUAAAGGUCUAAUGCAAUUGCUUAAAAUUGCAGCAGAUUCUUUAUAACAUCCUUUGCAUUCAAGCCUACUUUGGCUUUAAACUUUAGGAAUAAUUUUAUUACAGAGCAUUGUACUGGGUCUGUCUGGGAUGGAGUUAACUUUCUUCAUAGCUGCCUGUAUGGUGCUCUGUUUUGCAUUUGUGUUUAAAACAGUGUUGGUAAUGCACCAGUGUUUUGGCUAUUGCUGAGUAGUGCUUGCACAAUGGCAAGGCUUUUUCUGCUCCCUCCUCCAAUGAGUAGGCUGGGGGUGGGCAAGAGAUGGGGAAGGGACAUGGCUGGAACAGGCGACCAAAGGGAUAUUCCAUACCAUAUGAUAUUGAGCUCAGCAAUAAAAGCUCAGGGAAAGGAGGUGGAAGGGAGUACAUUCAUGGUCACGGUGUUUGUCUUCUCAAGCAACAGUUACACAUGCUGAGACCCUGCUUCCCAGGCAGUGACUGGACAUCUGCCUGCCGAUGGGAAGUAGUGAAUGAAUUCCACUUUUUGCUUUUGCUUUCCCUAUUAAACUUGAUCCAUGAGUCUUUUCACCUUCCUUCUGUUUUCUCCCCAUCCUGCAGGAGAGGGGAGUGAGCGAGAGGCUGGGUGGGUGUUUGGCUGCUGGCUGAGGUCAACCCGUCACAAGCACUAGAAAAUAGACACUUAGCUCCUGCUCCUAAUAAACAUCGCUCAUCUAGUUUCCCUGCAUGAGGUUACAUUUUUAUUGCAGAAUGUUUCUCUACUUUUACAUUUUCCCUUGCAUUCAGUUUCAUCCCAAAUAAUUAGUUGAGGAGGUAAUGGCAUCAUCACAGUUCGCUCUGACUGUCCACACCAAAACAGUUAGCUAUUUCUUGCAAAGCUGAUUAGGAAUGACACCCUUCAAAACUUUGAAUUUAAAUUAGCAUUUAGGUUUCAGAGUUAACAUCUCAUGGAAACCCAGCCUCCUGAGAUGUCAGAGAGAUGUUAUUGAUUCCCUUCCCUAAUUCAGCAGGCUGGUGCAAAAAGGUUUGAAGAGCCACUCCUGGACUACACAGACAACUCUACAGGAGCAGUUUAAAACUGUAGAUUCAUAUAGAGUCUCUGCCCAGCUUUUUCAUCUGAUGCCAUUGCAAGCUACCUCAUCCCCAGAAGGUUCCUUAGGAGAGAGGUCUGACGUCCCCAGGAGGAUGGCUUAGCAGCUGGCUGGGAACAUGCUUUGUCUUAUUUGCAGUCUCAUCAUUUCACUGUGUCAGUUCUAGGUAACCUCUUCUGAGCCCAUGGGCGCAGAAGCUUCAGCUCCAUAAAUGCAACUCCUGACUUGCAGUGGCCUGAUUGAUGGUCCCCAAAGAAGUUUUAGUUUGCCAUUGCUGCCAGCCAGUUCAGCCCAGCCCAGCCUCUGAGCAUACAUACCAAUAGCAUCUUCACACCAGUAUAUAACACAGUUAUUUCUUGAUGUUUUAUUAUUUCCUUCUUUUCAGCUUCUCUUUUGCUUGCACUUCCUGCAGCUUUUAUAGAAAGAUAUUUUAAAAAGGUAGGUGAACGGAUUCCUUAUUAAUUGUGCAUGCUCUAUAUAAUGAUGGGUAUAUUUCUAGCAGAAUCCAUCCUUUUAAUCCAACUCCAUGCCACAUAUACACUGAGAGAAGCAAAAUGCCUUUAAGACAUCAUAUAUUUGUAAAGAACAUUAGUAAUGCAGUGAGGUAGAUCAGCUUCAUAUGUUCAUUUGAAGAUUAGGGUCUAAAUUUAGAUUUAUUCCCCAAAGGGAAGGGUUUUGUGGCCUCAAUUUCAAUAGCUGUUUCAAUCCAAAACUACCAUAGGAGUUAGUGCAAUGAGAAGGCUUUGAUUUGGAGCCUGGGACUGAAUGAUAUAUUAGAAGCUAGACCUCCAGCCUUUAGUGGAAAUGCAUGGCAGAAAUUCCUUGCAUGCCUGACUUUGGUCUCUGUCCAGCCCUUCUGUGAGCUCUCGAUUUCACCAAAUUGCCCUUGAUUUACAGCACGUUACUCAUAAGGCCAAGAUAUCCCUGGAUAAUGUAAUAACAUACUAUUGGUGUCCUUUGUAGGUUCAUGGUGCUGAAAGCAUAGGCUUGGCGUUGCAGCCUCCUAACUUGCUUUCAGCAUAACAUUACCUGCUGUGAUGGUCUGUAGAGUGAAAGCCAUAACUCCAGCAGAACAUUCCAGCCAUCGGUCCAGGAAGAAUGAAAGGACAGUCGGAGCAGAUCACGUACCCAGUGACCCUGAAAGUAAAAGGCUUGUGCUACUUUCUGCUAGCCCCCACGCUUCACUACCACCUAAAUUUCCUAAGAAAUUCACACUGCAGACACAGCUAUAUCAUUAAGAGGCUCCUGGAAGUGGGCCCUGAAGGAGUAAACAAAUGUCCUACAGACUGUAUGUGCACUCUGCUAAAAAUGUAGCAAUAGCCAGAGCUGUCUGCGGUUGCUUUCCUUUUGAAUGCAGACUCACACUUGUAGUUGUGGUCCAAGUGGGAUACCCCAGCCCACAGAUGGCUAGACAGACACAUCUACAAGCCCUUACUGCAUCAUGGUUAUGACAAGUGGCAGGCCUGGCUGGCUGCGUUCCUUCUCUCUGCAUGUUUCUGCGAGCCUGCAGGAUCCAGGCCAGCCCGUCCCCCUGGAGAUCAGUGCAGGAGUUUGCAGCCGCAGACCAGUUCCCAUGGGUGGUGGCACUGCAGGACAUGCAGCGCAACCUCCUCGCCUUCGGCUCCAUCCCGAACAAGCACUGGAUCCUCAGCACCGCAUCCAGCCUGCAGAGCAGGCAGCAGAUGCUGGGCUUGGUUGGGCUGAGCGACAUGAAGAGGUGAUGGGAGUACCAGCCCCAGUAUUCGAUCAGCUCUGUCAUUGCCCACGAGGACUUCAAUGAGGUGAUGCUCUACAACAUCGCUCUGCUCAGGACAGCCACACCGCUGGAGUUCAGCAGCAUCGUUCAGCCCAUCUGCUGCCCCCACGGGAGCCUCCCUGCCUCAGACCUCAUGAACUGCUGGGUCUCGGACUGGAUCCAUCCCACUGCAGGUAACCCCUGGCUCCUGUGGCAAAGAGGUCCCUCCAGCAGGGCAGAGAGCCGCCUUCCCAGUCCCUCCUGCCAAGAGCCCCAAUGGGAGGAAGGGGAACAGGGCUUGUCCUGGGAGGAAGAAGCACCCGUUGGUCAACGAUCCCUGUUUUUUGGAGGCCAGGGGCUGCCCAGAGCCACAGGCUCUGGUGGUCCCUUGGCCAGGCAGGGAAAGUGCUGCAGCAACUUCCUGAGGAAGCUCUCCGUGGUGGACACGGAUCCCUGCCCACUGAAAAGGAUUGCUGCAACCACACGCUGCAGCCACAGGGACACUGACGAAGUGGCAGGCUGUUUGGUAGGGGACACAGAGCACCAACCCAGACCAGGCAGACAUUUAGCCAAACCGCCUCCUCCCUGUUCUGCUCAUCUCCAACUCCAGGCUGGGGGAGCAGCCAAAACACUUGUUGGGCUUCUCCUGCUCAGUUCUUACAGGAAAAGAUCCCUUCUGCACAGCUUGCAAAUAGCAGGCGUGGGAGACUGAACGUGUGAUACCCAUCUCUGCAUCAGCUGCAGGGUGAGCAUCUCCCUGCAGGCCUGUGGGUGCUGCUCCCAGUCCCUGGACCUCUCCCACUGCUGGGGCCUCCAAGGGCCUUUGAUGUGGCCAGGGUCAAAGAUGCUUGGGAGGCAAAACCGAGAGGGGUUCCUUGUGGUACGUACCAAAGGAUCAGGUGUAGGGCUGGGCUGAUGCGGGCAUGGGCAGCCACAGAGGGCAAUGCUGGUCACUUUGUCUGGGGCACACAGGGACAUCAUCAGCCCAAAGGCAGCCAGACCCCUGAAUAGGUGAUGCUUUGAUGCCAGUGAUGAUAAAGGACCAAACUGCUGUGAUCCGCCCUCCUCUCAGCCCAGUGAAGGCCACAGCCACCGAGAGCAAUGGCAGGAGGGACACUGCUGAGACACAACCCUGCCUUUUUUGUCUCUCAAAAGGGUGAUGCCAGCAACCCCAUCAUGUGCCAGAUUAGAGGGACUGAGAAAUGGGUCUUGAAAGGCAUUUUCAGUGAAAGCACCAUGAGCUGCUACAGACCGUUCCUGUACACCCCAGUGUCCUACUAUAGCCACUGGAUCUUGGCCACCACGGAGAGGACAGGACCUCCUGCAUUCCCCACACUAGUCAGGGUGCGAGCUGAUCUGCAGGCUCCACCCAAAGCCUGGGAAGAGGCUUUCAGACCAGCAGUGAGGAUAUUUCAGGAAGUUGGUUGCAACCCCAGAAGGGAAAAACAGACCUGAACUCAUCUGAGGCUGGGCCAUCUGAGAUGAUUUACGACUCCUGCAGUGGGAAAACACUUCCCAUCUCCAAGGGACACUUACACUUGCCCCAGGUGCUUGGGAAAGGGGUAGCUGCUCCUUUCUUGCUGUUUUGUUUCUUCAGGUAAAUGAAGUAUGCUUUUGCGAUCAGAAA